AUGCCUUCUCAACCAUCCAGAAUGAGUCGCAGUUCCGAGUCAACCACAGCCAGCGACCCUUCUUUAUCCACCCCCUCAAUGGAUAUUGAUACCCAAUUAGCUCCUCUCCCAGAGACCAGAAAGCGCUCACGCAAUCUGGAUUUGGAUUCGGAUAACGAAGAAUCACAAGCUCAAAGAGUUAGAGUCGGUGAUUCUGAUUCAAUUGAGAAUGUUGAUUCAGAAAUGGCCAUCGAUACACCAGCUCAGAAUGUAACGGCGCCUCCUCGAAGCAGGCAAUCACGAAUACGUUCUGGUCGCCACGCAAUGUCUAGGCAGGAGCAAGAGCAAAUUUCGAGCACUUUUGCCAAUAUUGGUGCUCCCACUACCGCUCCCAAUCUCACUCAAUCAGCUCCAGCUAGCUCUCCCUCAAGAGCUAACCAUAUAGUUCAAGCAAGUGCCAUUCAUCAAUCUCAUGAGUCUACUUCACAACGACGCUCAUAUGAAGACACCUCCGGCUAUGAUGCUGACAUUAGUGGAGAUGAACGCCCACGAAAGGUCAGGCGUAGAAGUGAACGUCAAAAUUCUGUCCAUACGCCAGCAGUCUCCAUCGAAAACAGAAAUGCAGAGGCUGCUGCAUCACCUACAUCAAAUGAAGCUUCGGUCGUCGAAAAUCAGGGCUCGGAGACUGCUUUACCACCAACUUCAAGCGUGCUUCUGACAGUUGAAGCACCAUCUAACCAAAUUGCUUUGACGCCUGGAGAUACACCAUACAUUGAUCUCACGUUUGAAGAUUCGAGCGACGAAGAAGAGGGUGAUGCCGCGUUGUCACCAGCCCCAAGUGUGCUUCCAGCCGUCGCAGCACCACCUGUCCAAAAUCCUCAACCCAACGCGAACCGUAAAUUUGUUGACCUCACAUUUGAGGAUUCCAGCGAUGAGAAAGAAGGUGCAGCCACCAUGUCCCAGGCGUACAUUGGUGACAGAAUUGUGUUGGUAGAAGAGAAACGCCUCGAACCUUUUCUACCGGAACCUACAAUCAGGUUCCAAUACUUGCUUGAGGAUGCUCGAACUCAGAAACUGCAUUGUCUUCAAGAAUGGACUUGUGUAGGAUUCAAAGAUGACGUUCAGUUCUUGAGACAUCUCGCAGUUCUCGGUACCAGCGGUAAUGUGUACACCGUUAUCUUGAAAAAGAAACCAAGAUGUAAUUGCUAUGAAGGCAAUAGAGGUAUACUCUGCGUUCAUAUUGUCUUUAUCCUCACGAAAUUCCUGCAUCUACCAGCGCCACUUCGUCACCAAUCUGCCUUCUUGGAGGCUGAGCUCAGAUGCAUGGUGGGAGAUGAUGUUGAUUGGAUGGGUCCAGUGCCAACAGGUAAAUUCUGUCCACCAAAGUCAGUCGAGGAACAGGGAACUUGUUCAAUCUGCCUCGAGAAUCUCGAAGGCAAUGCAUCCAUGACGUGGUGUAUGGGCCAAUGUGGACAGAAUUUCCAUCUGCAGUGCAUUUGGACAUGGGCCGACACAAACUUUAUGGAUGGACAGCCCGACAUCACAUGUGGACAUUGCCGCGCACCGUGGAUCUGCGAAGACGAUGCAGAGUAUUGCUCCUUGAGCGAACUCCUAGAUAGGGACGUGAGUAAGGAUGAGUACUUCAAUGUAGCCGAGCUCCUGGGAGACUACGAGACUGAGGAGGACGAUGCAGAAGCCCAUCAAAGCUAUCAACGAGCGGUUGACAAAUGGAGAGCAGAGAUGGUGAGACGGCCUACCACACUCACAGAGGAAGUGAAUGCUUUCGUAGAGCGCUACUAUCCUAAGGUGUAUGAUGAUGUGUAUGAUGAAUAUUUGAUAAGAUCGAAUGACGGCUACAGUCCUAGUGCUAUCAGGGCCUUGGAAACAGAGGAAAUUUGA